UCGAGUGGCCCGAGGUGGCCAGGCUGCUGGGUUGGCAGCAGCGCAGUCGGACUCAUCCAAGCCCCAGGAUGGCGUCCCCACGGGAACUGACCCAGAACCCCCUGAAGAAGAUCUGGAUGCCGUACAGCAAUGGACGGCCCGCUCUGCACGCCUGCCAGCGCGGUGUUUGCAUGACCAACUGUCCAACGCUCAUUGUCAUGGUGGGACUGCCUGCCAGGGGCAAGACCUACAUCUCCAAGAAGCUGACUCGCUACCUGAACUGGAUUGGCGUGCCCACUCGGGAGUUCAACGUGGGCCAGUAUCGCCGGGACAUGGUCAAGACCUACAAAUCUUUUGAGUUUUUCCUUCCAGACAACGAAGAGGGCCUGAAAAUCAGGAAGCAGUGUGCGCUGACAGCCCUCCGAGACGUUCGGCGGUUCCUUAGUGAGGAGGGGGGACAUGUGGCGGUUUUUGAUGCAACAAAUACCACCCGGGAACGGAGAGCCACCAUCUUUAAUUUUGGGGAACAGAAUGGCUACAAGACCUUUUUUGUCGAGUCCAUCUGUGUGGAUCCUGAGGUCAUAGCUGCCAACAUUGUGCAAGUGAAGCUGGGCAGCCCUGACUACAUCAACCGCGAUAGUGACGAGGCCACGGAGGACUUCAUGAGGCGCAUUGAGUGCUAUGAGAAUUCAUAUGAGACACUGGAUGAGGACCUGGACAGGGAUCUGUCCUACAUUAAGAUCAUGGACGUGGGGCAGAGCUACGUCGUGAACCGCGUGGCUGACCACAUCCAGAGCCGCAUCGUGUAUUACCUCAUGAACAUCCACGUGACACCCCGCUCCAUCUACCUCUGCCGGCAUGGGGAGAGUGAGCUCAACCUCAAGGGCCGGAUCGGCGGGGACCCAGGGCUGUCCCCCCGGGGCAGGGAGUUUGCUAAGAGUCUGGCCCAGUUCAUCAGGGAUCAGAACAUCAAGGACCUAAAGGUCUGGACAAGCCAGAUGAAGAGGACAAUCCAGACGGCCGAGGCCCUGGGUGUGCCUUACGAGCAGUGGAAAGUUCUCAACGAGAUUGAUGCGGGCGUCUGUGAGGAAAUGACCUACGAGGAGAUUCAGGACCAUUAUCCACUGGAGUUUGCCCUGCGAGACCAAGACAAGUACCGGUACCGGUACCCCAAGGGGGAGUCCUACGAGGACCUAGUCCAGCGACUCGAGCCUGUCAUCAUGGAGCUGGAGCGGCAAGAGAAUGUGCUGGUCAUCUGCCACCAAGCUGUGAUGCGCUGCCUCCUGGCCUACUUCCUUGACAAGGCGGCAGGUGUGGACACGGCCCCCACUGGGGGAGGUGGGGUGUGUGUGAGAGAUCACGGGGGACUGUCACCUGCUCCUCCCCGGUGCCAGCCCUUCCUGCCUGUGUCCACAGAGCAGCUGCCCUACCUCAAGUGUCCGCUGCACACGGUCCUGAAGCUGACCCCCGUGGCUUACGGUUGUAAAGUGGAGUCCAUAUUCCUGAAUGUGGCAGCCGUGAACACACACCGAGACAGGCCUCAGAAUGUAGACAUCUCUCGGCCUCCGGAGGAAGCCCUCGUCACGGUCCCGGCUCACCAGUGACCGCAUCUUGUCCACUGUGACCCCCAGGCGGGCGUCGAUCCCUGUGGAGGGCAGUCAUUCCAGGCCCACUGGUGUGUGUGUCAGUCACCGCCCAGGAAACGCCCUCAGAGCCAUGAUUGGCUGGUGGCACCCAGAAGCCCCGCCCCAGCCCACCUGUUUCCUUGUUGGCAGCCACAGGGCUGUAUACGUGGUGUCUGACCUGCUGCUGAGCAUCCCUCGGCCUGAACGAGUCUGCCCCCCUGGCCGGUGAGAGGGCUCCCGCACCUGCUCCUCCUGUUCUCUCUCACCGGCCGGGGCGGGGGCUUGUGAAGCAUGAAACCCCAAAAAUGUGAAACGGGAAGCACUUGCUGUGAUGUUUUCAGCUACCAAGGCUAUGCUGCCUGGGUGGACCUGGGGACCCUGCCUGGGUUCUGCUGCCCUUUCUGCAGUCACUUCUGGAGCCAGAGGCAAGAUCUUCAGGGAAUCCUGAGCUGCUUCUCCCUCCGUCAGCGGAAGUAAACCCUCUCCAGCCCACCCCGCCAGGAGCUGAAGAGCCUCCACCACGGCAGGCAGCCCCCUCCAUGGGCUAGACCCUGGGGUCCGUGCGUCUGCAUCAGCAGACGCUUGGGAAAGCAGUAUGUUCACUUCUGCACGUGGGGAUACCCAGAAACACACAGGGAGGGGUCAUUGGUGGUCACCCUUUCCCAAUGAUGCCUACACUGGAAUACUUGUGGGACCCGGUGGCCAAGGCCACCCCUGCCCCAAAUGCUCUCAUGGUGCAACGUGUAAGAUGGUGCAACACAUAAAGACAUAAGGACAGAGCUGUUGUACGCGUCCCCCUUCCCAGUGCUCGAGGGAGAGGCUGCCCUCUUCCGCUCCCAGCUGUGCCACCAGCUACCUCGAGUGCAGCUGCUGGUGUCCACGCAUGAGUAUACACCAGUGGCCACACCUGCAUUUGCUGUGAAGGAUUUGGAAAGCCUGUCCUGGCGUUCAUUGACUUCUACCUGGGGGAUGAAGCCUGGGAAUGGUGGGAGCCUGAGUCAGCCCCUGGUCUGGGAGGAUUUUCCCAGCCACGUCAUCACUUUUGAUUCUUGUACAAAAGAGCCUGAUGAAAACGAUCUCGGGAAGCCUGCCAUCAUGCCCCUGAGUUCUCUGGAGCCCAGAGAGGUGGGCUGGGCAGUAGAUUCCAGCUCCAUUUUGUAGCUGGGAGAACAGACUGGCCAGCAUCUUGUGAGGCUGGGUGAGAAAGUGUGUGGAUUUGUAGUUGGAUGUGCUGCUGCUGUCCAUGGGUGGUGGUCCUGGGUGAAGUCAGGCCCCAGGAUCCCGUGACCCUGGCCUGGGCUGAUGGCCUCAAGUGCCGCAGCAGCUCUGGCAAGUCAGGGUGGGGAGAUGCCCAGGACAGGGCUGUGGUGGGACACUCCAUUGGAGCCCCAAGCUCCUUAGACCUGGGGCCAGUGGGCCACCUGCUGCCUUUGGGACUUGGGGACUGCAGCCUUUGCUUCUGUGGCCGCCUUGGUCUUGGUGACUUCCGGCCAUGCUUACUUAUUGCCCAUAGUGGGUCCCUUUUCAGUGGCAUGUCCAUCUAGAUGUCACCACCUCUCCGGGACCUCAGGCUCACUGAGGUGAAACCAGCGAGGCCUCUUCUCUCUGUUCAGAGGGCUGCCAGGGCCAGGUGUGUCACAGGACUGGGAGGGGGCGGAGGGAGGUCUGGGAUCCCAGCAGGGGCUCACCCUGAGCCGGCUCUCUGUCUGGGCAGCAUCCACCUGGCCAGCUGCCCGCUUACAGCCGGGACGGUCCAUGUGGUCCUAUUACAGACAUUUUUCCUCCUUGUCCUGGAAUGGAUGUUGUUGGAACUCAGCCACUCGUCACACUGUGUCCAACACUCUCUGCAAUAAAUACUUAAAAAAGAAA